AUGGCCAUUAGACAGCGAGGAGACAUCUACAUUUGCUGCAACUGUGGUAGCACAAACGUCGUUGCCAUCGCUCCUCGCUGUCCUAUCUGCGGUCAUGAAAAUGUCGGCUGCUGCCAGCAAGCAGGCCUCAGCCAUUUCUCUCAACAAAUGUCCCUGUUGCAUCAUCAUCGCUCUGCUUCCCACGACCGCAGCAGCAGCUCUGCGACACCGCUAGACGCACAAGACAAGUAUACCCCGGCAAUUCAAUUCAAUUCCACUCACUUGAAGAAAUUGUGCGACAUGACGGGGCUGUCUGCCUGUCUGUCUCAUGACAGGACCAGGAGGCAGAAAAGAUCAGUAUAA